AUGGCCGAUGGACCAGCAGAGUGCGGCGUGCAGGUCUUCUGCCGUAUACGACCUCUCAACAAGACCGAAGAAAAAAAUGGCGAUCGAUUUUUGCCCAAAUUUCCGUCCGAGGACACGAUUUCUAUCGGGGGUAAAGUAUUUGUGUACGAUAAAGUCUUCAAACCGAAUACAACUCAAGAACAAGUCUAUAUGGGUGCAGCCUAUCACAUUGUCCAAGAUGUUCUGUCAGGCUAUAAUGGAACUGUUUUCGCCUAUGGACAGACAUCGUCGGGUAAAACCCAUACCAUGGAG